CACCACCACAUUAUGUUAUUGUCAGCUGAAAGUAACCAUCUUCUCUCUCUUCCUAUGAAGGAAGAACUCUAACCAUCCUUCUUCUUCUUCUUCGUAUCAUAUAUAAUACAGAGAGAGAAGGUCUUGGACGUUUAUUCUAAUCUCGUUUGAUCGUAUCUAUCUGGUUUCAAUCUCUUUCUCUGUGAUCUCUUCAUCAUCAUCGUCAAUGGCUUCCAUUUCCAGGCUCUCAAAUCCGAACCCUACUUAUUCAUCCACUUCAUUUAAGCCCAAAUCUGUCCAGCUUAAAUGUUUGAUCGACUUCAAUUGCAAAACUACUUUUGAUCACAGGGUUUCAUCUUCUAGGCUAUCCAUCUCUACUAAGCCUGCUUCCAGCUUCUCCUUGUUUGUCAGAUGUUCCCAAUUUGAUGGAAAUGGAGGCCAAAUUAAGAAAACAGUUCUUCAUGAUCUUUAUGAGAAAGAGGGGCAGAGUCCCUGGUACGAUAACCUAUGCCGCCCUGUUACAGAUCUGCUUCCAUUGAUUGCAAAUGGUGUCAGAGGUGUGACAAGCAACCCAGCGAUUUUCCAGAAAGCAAUAUCAACUUCAAAUGCUUACAAUGAACAGUUUAGAGAACUUGUACAAGCAGGGAAAGACAUUGAAAGUGCAUACUGGGAACUUGUGGUGAAGGACAUUCAAGAUGCAUGCAAACUUUUUGAGGCAAUCUACGAUCAAACAGAUGGUGGUGAUGGCUAUGUUUCUGUUGAAGUCUCUCCCAGACUUGCUGAUGAUACUGUAGGGACUGUGGAGGCUGCAAAAUGGCUUCACAAGUUGGUUGAUCGUCGCAAUGUCUACAUAAAGAUUCCCGCCACAGCUGAAUGUAUCCCUUCAAUCAAGGAAGUCAUAUCAUGUGGCAUAAGUGUCAAUGUCACUCUCAUAUUCUCUCUGGCUAGAUAUGAAGCAGUAAUUGAUGCUUACUUGGAUGGCCUCGAGGCUUCUGGGCUAAGUGACCUCUCCAAAGUCACAAGUGUUGCUUCCUUCUUUGUUAGUCGCGUAGACACACUCGUUGACAAGAUGCUUGAGAAAAUUGGAACCCCAGAGGCCCUUGAUCUCCGAGGAAAGGCUGCAAAUGCUCAAGCAGCUUUGGCAUACCAGCUCUACCAGAAGAAAUUCUCUGGUCCCAGAUGGGAGGCUUUGGUGAAGAAAGGUGCCAAGAAGCAAAGGCUGUUGUGGGCAUCCACCAGUGUUAAGAACCCAGCUUACUCUGACACUCUAUAUGCUGCCCAUACCUCAUCCUUUAAAAUAAUAAUUCUCCACACACACUCCCACUUUGUCCCAUUCUUUUUAUUAUUAUAAUAAUUAUUAUUAUUAUUAUUAUAUAUAUUUGUUUAGACCCAUUAACUUGUCGAACAGUCUGUUCCCCACCUUUAUUCUUUUUCUUCAUCAUUUCAUCACCAUCCCCUUAUUUCUUUAUUUAUUUUAUUUUUCGAUUCCCUUCUUUUCAUAAAAAAAAAAAAAAACAAAA